AUGAAAGAAUAUCGAAUUUGUCUCCCCCUUACGGUUACCGAAUACCGAAUCGCCCAACUGUACAUGAUACAAAAAAAGUCACGUGAGGAAAGCACUGGGCGCGAUAGUGGCGUGGAAAUUAUAAAAAAUGAACCUUACGAUGAUGGUCCUGGUGGAAAAGGGCAGUACACUUUCAAGAUUUACCACGUCGGCAAUCACUUGCCAGCCUGGCUUCGAGGCAUUCUACCCCCAUCCGCCUUGAGGGUGGAGGAGGAGGCUUGGAACGCAUACCCCUACACCCGAACUGUCUACAGGGUACCCUUUGUCGACAAACUUACUCUAGACAUCGAGACAUACUACUUCGAUGACAAUGGUUGUCAAGACGAUGUUUUCCACUUAUCAAAAGAAGAAAAAGAAGCUCGGCUAGUUGAUUUCAUUGACAUCGUGCAAGAUGUCGUGCCUCGAGCUGAAUAUAAAUCAGACGAAGACCCUACCCUGUAUGUUUCUCACGCCACAGGUCGUGGUCCCCUCUCUUCUGACUGGCGCGACGUAUAUUCCCGAGCACAAUUCUCCACUCACGAGUGCCAUUCGAACCCACCCACCCGUACGCCGGAUAACCGAAUGGCUACAGGCCCUUUGGACCCUCUACCGAAACGCAUCAUGUGCGCAUACAAAUUGUGUCGAGUCGAAUUCCGUUACUGGGGCAUGCAAAAACGUGUGGAGCAGUUUAUCCACGAUAGCGCCUUGCGAAAGACCAUGGUGCGAGCUCAUCGUCAAGUUUGGACGUGGCAAGAUGAGUGGUAUGGUCUGACAAUCGAGGAGAUUCGCCGGCUGGAGCUGGAAACUGCUCACGUUCUGGCCAGCAAGAUGGCCGAAGUGACCGCAGACAUUUGCGACCCCCCAGAGUUCUCUGAGGGGGGUUCUGAUCAAAGCCUCUUCCAUUCGGACGAAUCUCCCCAAAAACUCCCUCUUUCGCGUAAACCGGCGUCGAACUGUACGUUCACCACUUCCAAUGCCUUUCCGGCUGAGCAGGAUGAUUCUCAAGCAGGUCAGAACGUAUGGUGGACGCUGAAGACUUUGGAAAACAAUGGGUCAGAAACUUUGGAUUACGAGCCCUACACUAUAGAUGACGACACGGUAUCGUUCGUCUCGUGUCAAAGCGCUUUGAGCGUACGGUCCCGCCACCUGUCAACAACAAAUGCUAGCACUGUUGGACCAAAGGCAGUAGACUUGGACAGUACCCUGGAUUCUCAAACUACUUCACAUAACGUUCACCCGAUCAUUGUGGACAAACUGGUUCUCAUUUUGGUCGUUCAUGGUGGUUGUCUUCUAGAUGCUGGUGAUGAUUUGAUAAUGAAGCGUUCGGAUAUCGACACAUUACGGAAGACUAUGGAUGAAGUAAUCGCCAACCAUUAUCCCAUUCUUCGCGACAGGAUUGCCAUCGAAUUGGUUGCUUGUAUGUCAGAGCUAGCGGACAUUUUUCAGUCGUUGGCAAGAUUGAAGACUACUCCGAUUGAUCCGAAAUUGCCGAUUGAAGUUCAGCUUGCCCGUGACCUGAUGCCUCUUGGAUGUAUUCCAUUGUUCCUAACUACUUCGGCCACUUACCCACAGGUCAGUCUGCACUACCUACACCAUCAACUCUGCCCUUCAUUUGUUCCUACAUGCACUACGCGACUGCACCUAUCUUGUCAUUCGCAUUUUUUCUUCUUCGAGAAUUGCAAUGGGGACUCAUUGAAAACAACCUAUGCAUGA